GCCUCUCAUUUUCACCCUAAUAAAGCAACGUUUUAGUAGAAUUAAUGACAAUCAUCAACUUGAGUAGUCGCAUAAUUAUGUAGUAAGAAUGGUGAAAAGUGUAGUUUUUGACAUGAAUGGAUCUAUAUAUCAUGAACGUCAGGUUAAAGAGCUCUGUGCUUUACACGCCUUGAACAAUCUAUUUCAAGAGCACGGAUUUACGAAGCAAGAAUUAGAUCAAAUAUGUUAUAGUCUGAGCCCCGACGUUUGGAUAAAUCCGCACAAAUCUUUACUGGGACUUGGUAAUUAUGAUAUCAACGUUAUCAUGGCUGCUUUACAAAGAAAAGGUCACGAGGCUGUGUGGUUUGAUAAACGCAGAGAUCCAAAAUGUCUUUGUCUCGAUAACAUUGAAGGCUUUAUAUUAAACGUACCCACGGAGUAUAAGCUAGGAUUUGUUUUGCUACCACUAAAAAGACGGCACUGGGUCGCCUUGCGUAAAAUAAGCGGCACUUUUUACAAUCUUGAUUCCAAACUUGAGACGCCACAACUCAUCGGAAAGGAUAAUGAAUUGAUAGCAUACUUAAAGGAGCAGAUCGAUAGCAAGGAAAAGGAAUUGUUUCUUGUCGUGUCUAGAGAAGUGGACAGCAAGCAAGGGUGGCUUAUAGACUCAUAUCUUCAAUCAAAGGUACAAAAUGAUACCGAUCAAGACUCAAUUCAAUACAUCGAAGACAGUUUGCCUUCAGAUAUUGAUUUGCAGGACAAUGCAACUGCUAAACGGGACUGCCAAAGUUGAUAAAAUGUGAGAUUUAUUGUCACGCACUUAUCGACUAUUGGUUGUUUUUAAAUAGUUUUUUGUCUUUCGAUUAGCUUUUUUUUCUUACUUCGAGAUAUACAUUUUAGAGGCUCAUAGAAUGAGUAAUUAUGUCAAUAGAAUAACAUUUGUACAGACCACCCAAAGAUUCAAAUAAUGAAACUGAUUAAAGAAUGUUGUUGUAAUGUUUGAGAAAAAUGUUGUGUCAUAGCAACUGAUUCAAGUAUUUUCUGAUAGUAGUGAUCACCAUGAUGUUUUAAUGUAAGCUAUUGCUGAAAUGGGUAAAAAAAAAGUGGGUGUCAUUUCAUUAACAGAUUCUAUUGUCGACCAUGAAUCAGAAAAUAAGAAAAAUUGAAUUGAUAAAAAAAAAAUAAAAGACAAAACUAAUAAGAAGACAUAGUUUUGUGUCAUAUAUUGUGUACAUAUUGUGCAAGGAAUUGUGCGUUACAUACGAUGAAUACGUAAAUAAUAUUGAGCUUUCUCAAAAUGUUGUAGAAAUUUGUUUUACAAUUUUAACUACAUACUUUGUUUUGUUAUGUUUUGAUUUUGCUAGCAAAACAUCAACCCAUAUACAGGGUUACUCAGGACUUUCGUCCCAUAGGCUAUCAGUGUGUUUCUUGUGAAAAUCUCUGACUAAAACAUUUCUUACUUCUAAUAGGAAAUUUCUCGUUUGCGAAUCACAUCUGUCUAAAAUUGGGCGAUCGGGUAGCAGUAUUCUGAGUGAUCAGAUACCCCUGGAUCGGCAAAUUUCGAACAGCUGUGAUACGCAAAUGACAAAUUUCUUAUGAGAAAUAAAUAACGUUUCAGCCUAUGCGGCAAUAGUUCUGAGUCAUCCUGCAUACAUUUAUAUAUAUAUUGUUAUAUAUGUAUUAUUUUUUGAGUUGUUGGUAAUUAUUUAGUGCUUGAAUAUUAAUUUAACACAUCGUUGUCUAAUUUAACUGUGAAAAAGGAAAACUUGCACUAUCGCGUGUUUACCAUAGAUUAGUUGUCAUAAAGCUGUCUAGAAUAUAAGUCAAAAUAACUCGUAGUGUCAUUCUAACAAAAGUAUAAACAUGCAAAAAAUUUGGCAAGCUAGUUUCAGUGUUUAAUAUUAAUUGAUUAUCUUGAUGUUUUAUGUGCGAGUUCGUUAGCAGAAAUAAUUUUAUAUUUACCAAAACACAGAAACUUUAGGAGCUUCUGGAUUUAAAUUCAAGUGCUUACAUUCAUUUACAAAUGAUAGCACAUCAAUUUUAUAGAGUGAGUCGCUUUAUUCGUCAAUGCGUUUAUUUCUAUAUAUGUAUAUAUACAUAUCUAUAUAGAAAUCUGACUCAAUUGAUGAUGCAUAAAACGGAAGUAACACAGAGCACCCAGUACGAUUUAUGAUUUUAAUAAAUAUUAGCUUGUAUUGAGAAUUGAAUUUCAUUUAAAAUGGUUCGUUGAAGAAUGCAAAGGGCUUUACUAGAUUGAAAUAUUUGUUUUCGUGAAAUGUGGAAUUGAUUGGUAUUCAUUUCAGAAAAUUUUGAUUGAAAAUUAAAAUUAAUGAAUUGCAAAAUAUGUGGUUACAUAAAACAAAUGGUCCAAUUCGAAAAAAUGGAAAGCAAUACCGUAAAGUAAGAUGUAAUAACAUUUCAAAUAACAGAUUUCAAAGUAUGAACUUAUUUGGAUAUGGAAAAAUAGAGAGAGAAAAAUGGCAUAAUUCUUUUGAAGUUGCAUCGACGUGAUUACCUUAUAUUAUGGAUAUAUUUAUUAAUCAGAAUUGUAAUCAGGGAUGUGAAACAUAAAAGAGAAUGAUAUUAACUUUUUUUCCGAACUAAUGCAACAUACCUGUAUAUAACUGGAAGUUAAUGUUAGUAACGUGAUAAUAACACUAUGUAGAAUAGAUGAGAAACCGAAAAAUAUUUGUAAUUUCGCAUAAUACACACAAACAGUACAAUUUUAAUUCUUAGAUAGAUUUUGUGAGUAACACUUAAUAACACUCGAACUCAAAACUUGUUGUCCUGGCAUGAAAUAUGUGUCGAUUUACUUCAGUAUUGUACCACAUAUUUAUUUCAUAUGAUUUUAAUUUGUAAAUAUAUUUCAAAUGAUAAAGAUGUUUAUAAAUAUUAAUAUAUUGUAAUUGCUAAUACAAA